AUGCGUAAGAUUUUUCAAAAGAAUGGGGGAUUAGAAGCAUUUUUUAGAAAUAUUUAUCACACAAGCAUUUGCAAGGAAGUUUAUAGAGUUAUUAUACGUGCUGAAAAUGAAAGUGAUUUUGAAGCUAAGCUUGCAGAACUAUUUGAAUAUGCAAUAGAGAAUUCAUAUUAUGUUCACCUUCCAACAGAUCUGUAUGGGUUCACAGCAAUUGGCCACAAAAUAUUCAUAUCAUGCGAAUACACUCCAGAAAAAGAAGAAAUAAAAGUAGAAGAGGAAGAAGAAGAAGAAGAAGAGGAUGAGGAAGAAGAAGAGGAUGAGGAUGAAGAAGAAGAGGAAGAGGAAAUCGAAAAUAAAGAAGAAGCAAAAAAUGAAUGAGAAGAUCAAUAUAACAACUUAGAAUAUAAAUUUGGAUUUGGUCCUACACUGAUAAUACUUUUGCACGAAAUAGCGAACCUUUCUUGUAGAUUUUGGGAACAGCAAAAUUCUUAUUUUAGAAUAACACCCAGAGACUACAAAAGCCCGUCAGAUCCUGAUAGAUCAUAUCGAGAAAUAGGAGACUAUAUCGAGUCGUUACUCUUUGGUGAUAGGGUGCAAGGUCUUUAUUAUAAAGGGGAAGAGAUUUUAUUAUAUAUUGAUAACUGAAACUUGCCAAUUAAUGAGUUUCGAUCUGAAUUCCUAAAAUGGCAAGAAUAUAGCAGAGCAAGAGGUUGCAAAGUAUACGAUCUUUCAAGAGAAAAUGGAAUAGCCAACUGUGUUAAAUUCGGCAGAUGUGGAAUGUCUAAUUGAAUUUCAUGCUCAUAA